AUGCUGCAUCGCAAAAACACACCGGAUGCAGCGGACCUUCAAGCAGAGCCCUUCGAAUCUCUCGAGAUAAACCUCGCGGCUGCAAGAGUAUAUGCUGUUAAUGGCAAUGCGCCGCUCGUUUUUGCCUCAGUGGGUAGCGCAAGGUUCCUUGAUGCACAGGGUCUUGACCUCUCGGUUGUCGAAGCAAAGACGUCGACGGAGGAACAACCGCUGCUAUACCACUCUUUCAACACCUCUAGGCUUGCUGAGACCGUACCUUACACAAUCGAUGGCGAGCAGAGCUGGGGUGUUCUGCAGCAGAUCUAUGUUAGCUUUCCAAACUACAUCCCGAAAGUUGUCGGCACUUUCGUGCAAAGACGUAUCAAUCCCACCUCGGAUCUGUAG